ACUCCCACGCAUGAGAGUUUGUGAAAAAAAUUCCUCUUUUGCAUAAACGCCGUUAACUCAGAAAACACGCACUAACACUCUUCACUGACUGCAGUAAUUCAACUCUCUCCCCGCUGUAGCCGCCAUCUCCGACCACCGCGAACGGAGGCGGUGCUGAAUGCAAACAUCUUAAACUAAUCGUCCCAAACGCCGAUUUGAUCGUCGACUUAGGGUUUUCUCUAGUAAUUUAUUUUUAAUUAAUUUUUUUUUAGUAUUUGGGGGGUAAUUUUAAUGGCUUCGGAGGAUGUCAAGACGAGCGAAUCGGCCGUGUCAAAGAUUGUUAACCUUGCUGAGGAGGCGAAGCUUGCUAAAGAAGAAAUCAAGCCUACUAAAUACCAAGUCUACAGUAUCUGCAAGUCUCUCGUUGCUGGUGGAAUAGCCGGAGGCGUGUCCAGAACUGCAGUAGCUCCACUGGAACGACUAAAAAUAUUGCUACAGGUUCAAAAUCCGCAUAACAUAAAAUACAAUGGUACUAUUCAAGGCUUGAAAUAUAUCUGGAGAACUGAGGGCUUUAGAGGGUUGUUUAAAGGCAAUGGCACCAAUUGUGCUCGAAUAGUUCCAAAUUCUGCUGUAAAGUUCUUCAGCUAUGAGCAAGCCUCCAAGGGUAUUUUAUAUGUGUAUCAGCAACAAACUGGCAAUGAGGAUGCUCAGUUGACUCCUUUAUUACGUCUGGGAGCUGGAGCUUGUGCUGGAAUAAUUGCUAUGUCUGCAACAUACCCGAUGGAUAUGGUUCGAGGUAGACUAACUGUGCAGACAGACAAAUCUCCCUAUCAGUAUAGAGGAAUAUUUCAUGCUUUGUCAACUGUGCUUCGUGAGGAAGGUUUUCGUGCUCUGUACAAGGGUUGGCUUCCUUCUGUCAUUGGAGUUGUUCCAUACGUGGGUCUCAACUUUGCUGUGUAUGAAUCUCUAAAAGAUUGGUUAAUUAAAUCUAAUCAGUUUGGGCUUGCUGAAAACAAUGAAUUGGGCGUGGUAACAAGACUUGCAUGUGGUGCUGCAGCAGGUACUGUUGGACAAACUGUUGCAUACCCUCUUGAUGUUAUCCGUAGAAGAAUGCAGAUGGUGGGAUGGAGUAAUGCUGCUUCAGUUGUCACUGGUGAUGGGAGAAACAAGGCCUCCCUUGAAUAUACUGGCAUGAUUGAUGCUUUCAGGAAAACUGUUAGGUACGAGGGCUUCAGAGCAUUGUAUAAGGGUUUGGUCCCCAAUUCAGUGAAGGUCGUUCCAUCAAUCGCUAUUGCUUUCGUGACAUAUGAACAAGUGAAGGACAUCCUGGGGGUCGAGAUUAGAAUAUCAGACUGAGGUGAAUGGCACUUCAACGUUCAUUAUUUGCAGCAUGUGAUUUUUGUAGGCAGAAGAAGAGAGAAACGACAGUGUUAAUGCUGCUAUCCUCUUCUGUGGAGCGAUAAGUUAGAAACUAACCUACCUAUUUUUAUACGUCCCUCCUGUCUAAUGAUGCAUUUUUUUCUUGGGUUUCCGAACCAUGUUGUCAAUAAGAACUAGCAAGGAAUAGCACAAUAAAUGCUUUUGCAGGUUGCAGUUAAUUCGGAGAAAGCAUAGACAGAUGAUUAUGAAUGUUUCUGUAUCGUUUUAAUGAACAAAAUUCUCAGGUUUUAGAUGAAUCGUGGUGAUUAAUCAAGUUACUCU